GGAGGGGCAGAGAUGGUGGGAGCAGGAGGGACCUGGGAGGGGAUGCGUGUGGGAGGCCCGCGAGGCGGCCGCGGCGGAGGAGCGUGGGAGUGUGGCGCGGGCUCGCGGGGCGGAAGGCGCUGGAGACCUCGUCUUGAUCUGCCCACUGGAAGCAAAACUACCUCGGAUGGUUGGAGAAAUGAAAACCUGAUCAGAACGAUAUGGGAGAAAACCGGGCCUGCCACUGCUCUUCACCUGGCUACUUCACAUCUCGGUGGCCCCCUGCAGGGUACCAACACUCAGACACCCUGGGAGGAUAAGCACCUGCUUCUCCACCCCUGGAGUUCUACCAGUGUGGCCGAGGCCUGGGGAAGGAGAAGUGGCCCGACCCCUUGGCAGUCCCUCCCCUCAGCCUUUCCCCACAGUACUUCCCUGGGGCUCCCGUCCCUCACUUGCUCAGCUCCGACUCUGCCAGCGUGAGGCCUCCAGACCAGGGAUUGCACCAUCCUCCCCUCCCAGCAAGGGGGCUCCAGAGACUGCACCAGCCAGGAAGUCUGGUGGCUUGGGGAUUCGGACAGCCUCCUUGGUAAUGUCCAGGGCUCCAGGAAGAGAUGUCUUUGUGGCUGGAGGCCCCUGUGCCUGACGCUUCUCCUGACUCGGCAGCGGAGCUGUGGGAGCCCGACACACAGGAUGCCAGCAGCCAGGCGCUGGGAGGCAACGACUGCAUCCUUGGGGAGGAAGCCGGCACUCCCCAAUCUGCUGGGGGCUCUCUGGGGGCAGGGCUGCAGGCAGCAGAGCCCACUGUCCUGCUCCCCGGAGUGGAUACCCCUCCAGAAUCUGCAGAGCUCCGUCCACAGAAGCGGAAAAAGGGGCCAGCCCCCAAAAUGCUGGGGAACGAGCUGUGCAGUGUGUGUGGGGACAAGGCCUCUGGCUUCCACUACAAUGUGCUGAGCUGCGAGGGCUGCAAGGGAUUCUUCCGCCGCAGCGUCAUCAAAGGGGCGCACUACGUCUGCCACAGUGGGGGCCACUGCCCCAUGGACACCUACAUGCGUCGCAAGUGCCAGGAGUGCCGCCUUCGAAAAUGCCGCCAGGCUGGCAUGCGGGAGGAGUGCGUCUUGUCAGAAGAGCAGAUCCGCCUGAAGAAACUGAAGCGGCAAGAAGAGGAACAGGCUCAGGCCACAUCCAUGCCCCCCAGGGUGUCCUCACCUCCCCAAGUCCUGCCCCAGCUCAGCCCAGAGCAACGGGGCAUGAUUGAGAAGCUGGUGGCUGCCCAGCAACAGUGUAACAGGCGCUCUUUUUCUGACCGGCUUCGGGUCACGCCUUGGCCCAUGGCACCAGAUCCCCAGAGCCGGGAGGCCCGUCAGCAGCGCUUUGCCCACUUCACCGAGCUGGCCAUCGUCUCUGUGCAGGAGAUCGUUGAUUUUGCCAAACAGCUGCCUGGCUUCCUGCAGCUCAGCCGGGAGGACCAAAUCGCCCUGCUGAAGACUUCUGCGAUCGAGGUAAUGCUUCUGGAGACAUCUCGGAGGUACAACCCUGGGAGUGAGAGUAUCACGUUCCUCAAGGAUUUCAGUUAUAACCGGGAAGACUUUGCCAAAGCAGGGCUGCAGGUGGAGUUCAUCAACCCCAUCUUCGAGUUCUCCAGAGCUAUGAAUGAGCUGCAACUCAAUGAUGCCGAGUUUGCUUUGCUCAUUGCCAUCAGCAUCUUCUCUGCAGAUCGGCCCAAUGUGCAGGACCAGCUCCAGGUAGAAAGGCUGCAACACACUUAUGUGGAGGCCCUGCAUGCCUAUGUCUCCAUCCACCACCCCCACGACCGACUGAUGUUCCCACGGAUGCUAAUGAAACUGGUGAGCCUCCGGACACUGAGCAGUGUCCAUUCAGAGCAAGUGUUUGCACUGCGCCUGCAGGACAAAAAGCUUCCCCCGCUGCUCUCUGAGAUCUGGGAUGUGCACGAAUGACUGCUCUUCCCCCCCAUAUCUUCUGUUUUCUGAGGCACCUGCCUGCUUCCUAGAGGUGAAGCAGAUGGAGAAGGGCAAACAUUCCUGGGAGCUGGGCAAAGGAGAUCCUCAUUGUGGCAUUAAAGGAGAGUCAAAGGGUUGGGA